AAAUAAAAAGGCAGCUCAUCGCCCUUUAACGCACGCAUCUACCGGUUCAUCGCCGACGAUGGCGGCGAUGUCGCCUCCAGUGGCCUCCCGCAUCCGGAGGGCACUCCACAUUCCAUUCUUUCCACUCUCUCCGGCCGAGCCUCCUGCCGGCUUUCCGAGCGAUCCAAUUUCCACCACCCCUUUCUUCCCCUCCUACUCCUCUCCGCCGCCGCCGCCGCCGCCGCCGGCGGCGGAGGGAGCGGACGGGUCGUCGCAGCCAACAUUUCCCGCCAAUAUUUCUUCCCUCACCUUCCCUGGUUCACGCUCAGCCUCUCGCUCCCGACAUAGCUCCGGCGCCGUUGCGGCUGCCGUCGUUCUCCCACUCCUCGCUCUCGGCAUCCUUGCUGCUGUUGCCGCCGCGUUCUUCUUGCGCCGACGCAGGGGUCGAUAUCCUGGCAGCCGGUACUCGGAUAAGCAUGAGACUCGCUCCGUAUCGGACCGUCUGUUCCCAGCGGACUCCGCCGCUUCCGAUGGCGGCGCUCCCAAUUUAUCUCCCUCCGCCGCGGCGCCCUCCGAUUUUAUGUACCUUGGUGCAUUUGCUGACGCCGUUCGUGGCGGUUCAGUCCAUGAUGGGGACCGCUCGAUCGCGGAUCCGGUCGGCGGAUCACCGAACGGGAAUCUAGCGUCGCCGGAGCUUCGGCCACUCCCUCCCCUGCAGCGCCUGUUUCGCCAUAUUUAUGAGAAUGAGACCAUGGGGAGCUCGGAGGAGGAGUUUUAUUCACCGAGGUUGUCAUCAUUAGGGAAGGGGAGCUCCGAGAGGGUGGUAGGUGGGCGGAUGUCGGAUUCCCGGCGGACGUUUCCAUCGACCGUUGAGAAAUGCGAAUCCCAGGGCUUGACGAUGAGCACUCCAUCUUAUCCAUCGUCGAACGUGGCCUCAUCUCCUCAAUCGUCACCUGCAGCUUCGGUGGCGCGCGUCAGAUCAAGUCCUGGUCAUCAAAAUGGCGGAUCCUUGAAAUCCAGAUCUGAAUGGAGUGUAGACGAAAGCACCGACUUCGAAGCCCCACCGCCGCCUCCCCCACCACCUCUAUUACGACCUCUAACACCGUCUCCUCCAAAACGGAAACCGCCUUCGCCUUCACCGCCUUCUUCCCCAGUGGAGAAACAAUCUGAAGCAAAGGUGGAAAUUCGUGAUCUGACAACACCAAAUUUGAUGUCUCCGAUGAGAAAUCGCGAUUGCUCUCAUAAUCCACCAAUUGUGAUUACUCCGCCUAGACCGAGACAGACACAAGCGCCACCGCCGCCGCCGCCGCCUCCUCCCCCACCGCCACCAGUUGGGUACUGGGAGAGUCAGGUUCGGAAGCCGAAGGCUACACAUCCGCCGUUCCUUGUGAAGUCGAAGCCAGCUGAGGUAACGAUCUCCUCGACGAUGGUUUACCCUACAGAUCUAAGGGGGGAGUCCGAGGCCAUGGAGAAGAACCAGGACAUCCCUCGCCCAAAGCUGAAACCUUUGCACUGGGAUAAAGUCCAGGCGAGCUCGAAUCGAGCAAUGGUGUGGGAUCAGUUGAAAUCCAGCUCCUUCCAGGUAAAUGAAGAAAUGAUAGAGACUUUGUUUGUUUCUAAAGCCACUAAUCCUGCACCAAGAGAGACCAACUGGCGGCAGGUUCUUCCUCCAAUUCAAGACAACAAGGUGCUCGAUCCAAAGAAAUCCCAAAACAUUGCAAUUUUGCUGAGGGCAUUGAAUGUGACGAAGGAGGAAGUUUGCGAUGCCCUUCUCGAAGGUAAUGCUGACAUCUUAGGAACUGAACUGCUGGAGACCUUGCUAAAGAUGGCUCCUACCAAAGAGGAAGAAGAUAAAUUGAAAGAACACAAAGAUGAUGCCCCAAUCAAACUUGGUCUGCCAGAGAAGUUUCUUAAAGCUGUGCUUGAUGUGCCAUUCGCAUUUAAAAGAGUUGAUGCCAUGCUUUAUAUAGCUAAUUUUGAUUCAGAGGUCAAUUUUCUAAAGAAGUCCUUUGAGACUCUCGAGGCUGCCUGUGAUGAACUGAGGAACAGCAGAUUGUUUAUGAAGCUCCUAGAGGCUGUUUUAAAGACCGGGAACCGCAUGAACGUUGGUACAAAUCGGGGUGAUGCACAUGCCUUCAAGCUUGACACACUGCUCAAGCUAGUCGAUGUCAAAGGCACAGAUGGCAAGACCACACUUCUACACUUCGUUGUCCAAGAGAUCAUCAGAUCAGAAGGAUCCCGCCUUUCUACCACCAGCAAUGGAGCUGUCAAAACACAAUCUAACACUCUACGAGAUGAUUUAGAGUGCAGGAAGGUUGGCCUCAAGGUUGUUUCUGCUUUAGGGGGUGAACUCAGCAAUGUAAAGAAGGCAGCUGCCAUGGACUCAGAUAUACUCAGCUGCUAUGUAUCAAAACUAGCGGGAGGAAUUGCAAAGAUCAACGAAGUAUUGAAAUUGAACAAAGGACUUGGUUCCAAGAGUGAUAGCCUGAGAUUUCACGAUGCGAUGGUUCAGUUCCUGAAGAGAGCAGAGGAUGACAUCAUAAGAGUGCAAGCUCAGGAGAGUGUGGCAUUAUCUCUAGUGAAGGAAAUAACAGAGUACUUCCACGGAAACUCAACCAGAGAAGAGGCUCAUCCUUUAAGGAUCUUCAUGGUGGUCCGAGAUUUUAUAGCAAUCCUUGAAAGAGUAUGUAAGGAUGUUGGAAUGACCAAUGAUCGCACGAUUGUCAGCUCAGCACGGCAGUUUCCAGUGCCGAUGAACCCAACUCUUCCACCUUUAUUCCCCCAGUUUCAUGCAUUGAGACCUGAAGGCUCAGACGAUGAGAGUUCAUUGUCACCAUAAUGAAGUACGUUCAGAUGGAGCCCUUUUGCCAGUUUCACUGGUGGGAGCUCUGCAAGAAUGGGACCGACAUCGGCAUUUUCACAAAUGCCAUAUUGGUGGGAGCCUCGUGCACUCGUAGCAUGAGAACUAAUCUUGCUUUAACAACUCCAAAGCACAGUUGGGAUGGAAGUGAUCCUGGUUUAUGUAUAUUUAUUUGUAUUAGUAGAAUAUUGAUGCAAUAUGGAUUCUUCCCAAUAUCAUUUUGCUCAUGUAAUACAGAAAUGAGGGCAGAGGGAAAAUAAGUGAUUUUUUUUCAUGGCUUACA